AUGUCGUCUUUCAGGCUUACCACCGCGACCCUCACGGCUCUUCUACUUCCAGCAUUGAUCAACGCAAGCGGCCUUGGCCUCUCCGACUCCGGCACGGCCGCAUCCUGCACCGGAUCUCAAGGCUGCUGUAUCCCCAGCUGUCUCGUCGAUGUCAGCGACUUCUACGGCUGCAACGGCAAUGUCGCAUUCUCUGGGACCUGCCAGCAGAACUACGACAACCCCAGGAACACGCAAGAUGUCGGCGGCUGCAGCGACGUUCAGGUCACGUUCUUGAAAGACCCAAGUGGCAACCCAGUCAUCGAUCUUUACUACAAGCCCAACAAGACCUACGAUCGUUACUCUUUCUCCAACUGUCGCCAGCCGACCGAGGGUGGCAGUCAGUGUGCGCCAAGGGGUGGAGGAUGCGACACCAAACAGAUCCUUACUGGUGCUCAAGGGUAG